AUGGCAGCGUCAGGUCGUCUUCAAAAAGAGCUUGAAAUUAAAUCAAGAAAAAUUUUAGCAACAACAAAAGAUCCAUUGGAGCGUCUACGUGCAGCAUGCUUAGCUCGAGGAGCACAAGGUAUCAAAGGAUUAUCAAUUUUAUUUCGAAUUAUGGAUGAUGACAAAAAUAGAAGGCUAAGCUUGGAAGAAUUUCGAAAAGGGGUUGAAGAAUAUGGCCUGAACUUCUCAAAAACUGAAAUUGACGAUUUAUUUCGUUCGAUUGAUAUUGAUCGUAGCGGUAAUAUUGAUUACGAAGAAUUUCUACGUAAAUUACGACCUUCAAUAAAUAAGUUUCGUCUUGAUUUAGUUGCUAAAGCUUUUGCUAAACUUGAUAGAAAUCACGAUGGUCAACUAACAAUUGAAGAUUUACGUGGCGUUUAUAAUGUGAAAACACAUCCAAAAUAUAUGAAUGGUGAAUGGAGUGAAGAUCAAGUAUUACGACAUUUUCUUGAUUGUUUUGAUUAUGGAAAACAUAAAGAUGGUGUUGUAACACGUGAAGAAUUUGUUGAUUAUUAUGCCGGUGUUAGUGCCUCAAUUGAUAACGACAUGUAUUUCGAUUUGAUGAUGCGAAAUGCAUGGAAACUUUAA